UGCAUUUCGAGUGCAUCGAGUUGUUUGUUUGAAAAUGCUCGAACGGCCUGAAUGAUUGUAAUUUUUAAAUCGGGCGCCAUAUCAGUGUGGCAGUGUUUCUCGGGCAGUGAAUGAAGGUACUAAAUUCAGUUGUUUUAUAAAUAAACACCAAUGUUUACAACGUCGUAUUGUUUAUAAAUCGCUUAUAAAUAAUCGCGUGUGAGAGUGCGUACCGGGUAAGUGAUGUUUCAGUGCAUUAUACAACAGAGGAAUGGUUGGAUACAUCCGUUAAACACAGAAAACAAAGACGUUUUUCCCGAUAUGAGGUUGCAACUGAACGAACAAUUGAGAUGCCUGGACGUGCGGAUGGAGGCCCAAGUGGCCCUCUUGACCGAGCUGCAGGAUUUCUUUCGCCGGAGAGGCGAACUUGAACUUGAUUACUCGAAAAAUUUGGACAAACUCGCUAAAAGCCUGCAGCUCAGGCACAAAGAGCAAAAACAAAAGCGCGAACAGUGGCCCCUCUUCUCCACCUACACUUGCUGGCAAGAGUUGGUGACACAAACGAAAAAUCUCAGCAGGGAUCACGCCGUUUUAUCGGAAGUGUAUUCGACGUUCUUGGUGUCUCGAUUAUCGCAGGUGAUGGAGGAUGUGCAGAGGAUAUACAAAAGGUGCAGGGAAAUUGCUUACGAAACGCACGAGGAGAUUCUCAGGGUGCUCCACGAACUGCACACCACGAUGAAAACGUACCACAGCUAUCAGGCGGAGUUGAGGCAGACCGAGACCAAAUUAAAAACAGCUGAAAUCCAGCGAACCAAGUUGGAGCAAACUCUGUCGCAGGACAAGCUGGAAAAAUCCAAGAAAUACAAAUUAAUGGAGAAAGAGGUACAGAAACGCACAAAUAAGUACUCGGAUGCCAAGCUGAAAGCCAGCAAGGCCCGUAACGAGUACAUUUUAUGCCUUGAAGCCUCCAACACCACAAUACACAAAUACUUUGUCGAUGACUUGUCCGAUAUAAUAGACUGCAUGGAUUUUGGCUUCCACAACUGCAUAUCUCGGGCCCUUUUAAUGCAUGUAACAGCCGAAGAGGGCAGGCAGAAAUCCAUACAGAACGGAUUGACUACGUUGACAGCCUGUAUUAACUCGUUGGAUUCCAGGUUGGACAAGCAAAAGUUCCUCGAAUACAAUCACAGUGCUUUCAUGAUUCCCAAAAAGUUGGAGUUUCAGGAUCAGAAAACCGAAGGUGGCCCUGAAACCCCCGAAAUUCAGGGAAUGUUGCAUAGAGAUAUGGCGUGUAGGUUGACUCAGUUGGGGCAGAGGGUCACCACGCUUAGAACCGAGUCGGAGGAGGUGUGGAAAACGUUGGAAACCGCGGAAAAUACUCUAAUGGAGAUGUUGAAUGCUAAGGAUUACGAUUGCAGUAAGUACUUUGGGGAUGGGGGCAUACCGGCCAGCAAAUCCCCCGAGACGGUUUCAAUAAAGUUGAGGGCUGAUAGACAGGAGACUGAGGAGUUUUAUUUGGGUAAAUCCAGGGAGUACCUUUUGGGUACGACUAGGAUAGCGCGGUUGGAGGCUAAGCAGGAGUACUUGAGGAAUAUUUUGUUGGAAGAGGUGCCGAAUUUUUGCACAACCGUUAAACCUGUCACGAAAACGCCCAAACGGAAGAGAAUAGGUAGGUUGCAGAUUAGUGGGCAGCCCAAGUUGUUUGGUGGUUCACUGGAGGAAUAUUUAGAGGCAACCAAUCAAGAGAUUCCGUUAAUAAUGAAAUCCAGCAUACGCGUAAUAAAUUUGUACGGGUUGCACCACCAGGGCAUUUUCAGGGUGUCGGGUUCGCAGGUCGAGAUAAACAAUUUCCGCGAGUGGUUCGAGCGCGGGGAAGACCCGCUCGCCGACAUGACGGACGCCUCUGACAUUAACAGUGUUGCCGGCGUUCUGAAACUCUACCUGCGCGAACUUCGCGAGCCGCUGUUCCCGAUCGUGUUCUUCGAGCAGUUCAUGGAAAUGGCGCAGUUGGAAUGCAAGGACGAGUUUGUCGUUAGGAUGAGAGGAAUCGUUAAAAGUCUGCCCGCGCCCGUAAUUGUGGUGCUGCGGUAUUUGUUCGCGUUUUUGAAUCAUCUAUCGGAGUUUUCCGACGAGAACAUGAUGGACCCGUACAACUUGGCCAUCUGCUUCGGACCAACGCUCGUACCUGUGCCCGACGAUAAGGACCAGGUGCAGUACCAAAACCUCGUCAACGAGCUCAUCAAGAACAUAAUCAUAUUCAACGAAGACAUAUUCCCGAACGACGGCGGUUUGGUGUACGAGAAGUACAUAUCGCCGUGCGCCGACGACCAGGACGUGGGGGAUUCCCCGUCGAUGAUACAAAACCCCGAGGACACCGAAUCCGAGGUGUGCCCUUCUGAGGACGAUUCGGACAUCAUAGAGGCCAUGGUGCAGUACGAUUUCACGGCCCGCUCGGCUCGGGAAGUCUCGCUCAAGAAAGGCGACGCAGUCAUUUUGUACGCGCAAGUGUCGAACGACUGGUGGCGGGGGGCCGCGAACGGCCAGGACGGCCUGAUACCGGACAAGUACAUCUCGCUGAAAAUGAAGGAGGACGAGAAGGACAAGUCUCUGUCGAUUUUGAAGAGCUCGUCGGAGGAAUCGGUGGUGAAGAGGAAGACCUCCGGCACGACCGACCCGUUGCUCGACGACGGUCAUGUGACGCCGCCGCAGUCGGUCAGCGGCGCCAACAGCCCCAGAGUGCAGUGCACGUGGACCAAGGUGCCGGACAUUCUCAAGACCAUCGCCACGCCCGACAACAGCGCUUCCAUCAUUUUUAAUCAGUCACGAGAGGAUUAUUUCGGCGACACCUGGAAGUACAAGGAGCAGGCUGAUGGCUAACGAGAACGAAAGAAACGAGACGAGACGGGUCCAAAGAAUUUUCGGCAUACAACGUAAUAUAUUUUAAGCGUACUAGGUUUUAGAGUGCAUGGGUGUCCAAAACGUGCUAUUUUGAUUUUAAUGAAUUAUUUAAUCCAAAAAACAGUAUUAAUUAUAUUUUUUUAUAAAUACCUACAGUCUAAGAAUAAUUUUCAUACAUGAUAUACAGUAGACUGGGGCAAAAAAAUCAACUAUUUUUUUUUUUGAAAAAUAUAUCGAAAAUAUGGUUUGGGGUUACAAAAAAAAAUUAUUGUGAAAGUUUGAGUCCAUAACAAAUAUUUUUUUAAGAAAAUUAAAUGCUCUACAAAAAAGGUUAAAGUGAAAUUUAGCGUCAGAUGAACCGUUUCCUUAAAAUCAUGCCUUAAAAAUUGGUAUAGUUUUACAUUUUGAUCUUUUAAAUUGCAACUUUGUAAUUUAUGUAAAAAUUAGUACCCAUAAACAUUCUUAUGGGAAAUCAAAUGCUUUACAA